GGGUGGUUUGCUGUUUGUGUGAUUGCCAAAAAUCUGAUUUGGAAAUUUUGGUUUUUGACCAAAUAAAUUGAAAUUAAUAUGUGGGUUGGGUGAGGAAGAAGAAGAAGAACCACUAAUGAAGCUUCUUGUCUUGUGGGUGCAUGGUGGUUGUUCUUCCUUGGGAGGCCAACCAUUGAUGCUCUCUCUAUGUUGCUCUCUCAUCCCAAUUCAUCAAGUCAACGCCUAAACUCAAACCCUAUCCUCUAUACAGGCUAUACUAUACUACCUUGUUUUCAGAAUAUUUCAAGUCUCAAGAAAAAUUGAAGCCAUGAAGCAAGAGACUACUGCAACAAGAAGUAAGGGUGAGGGAAAGCCCAGCAGUGUCUCAUUUUCCACCACCACCACCACCACCACCACAAACCCAUCUCGUUUUAGGGUCUCCUCUAAAGCAGCAAAGGACUCACCGAAACCUGAUACUAUGAAUGGGGAAUCACCAUCUUCCAAAUCAAGAGCCAAGUCUGUUCCUCAAAAGCCAAGGAGGUCACUUGUUCUCAGCAAACCCAAAUCUGGGGAUGAUGUUGCCGUUGUGGGGAUGGGAUCACAAUCUCAUAAAGGAAGGGACUUGGAGGAUGUCAAGGGCGUGGUUCGGACCGGGAACCGCCCGGUGGCGGUGGAGCAAUAUGCUCGGCCUCGAAGGCAGCGGCCGCCUAUGGAUGCCAGUUCUAAAAGGAAUGAAGAUGAUUUAGAUGGGAAAAAGAAGAAGGAAUUAUUGCAGGAGAAGAUUGUGCCUAAUGAUAUUGUGAUCAAGAAUCUGCAGUCUGAGGUAAUGGAGUUGAAAGCAGAGUUGGAGAAGAUGCAGAGCUUGAAUAUGGAGCUCCAGUCUCAGAACAGGAAGCUCUCUGAUAAUCUUGUCGCAGCAGAAGCAAAGAUUGCAGCUCUCACCCUUCGAGAACAGAGAGUGUCAAUUUCUGAGUACCAGAGCCCAAAAUUUAAAGACAUUCAGAAACUCAUUGCCAACAAAUUGGAACACCAAAAAACUAUAAAGGAGUCAAACAAUGAAGCAAGCAAGGGAAUGAUCAUAUCACCAUCACCAGCAACACCUCCAUCUUCCAGUGUUGCACAAGUACAAGGAAAGGUUCCAGAUUGUCCCUCCGCUCCACCACCUCCGCCACCACUUCCACCUAGGCGUUCAGCCAGAGCAGCUAUACCUCCAAAGGCUCCAGCAAUUGUAGAAUUCUAUCAUUCAUUGGCAAAGCGUGACGUGAAGAAAAAUCCUACAGUACAAGCGAGUUACAGCAAAUCCGGUGUUAGCAGUGCUCACAAUAGCAUAGUUGGUGAAAUUCAAAAUCGUUCAGCUCAUCUUCUAGCUAUAAAAUCAGACAUUGAAACAAAAGGAGAAUUCAUUAAUGGUCUUAUCCAGAAAGUGCUUGCUGCUGCUUAUACGGAUAUUGAAGAUGUACUCAAGUUCAUGGAUUGGCUUGACAAUGAACUCUCAUCAUUGGCUGAUGAGCGUGCAGUGCUAAAGCAUUUCAACUGGCCUGAGAGGAAAGCUGAUACCAUGCGAGAAGCUGCAAUUGAAUAUCGCGCCCUUAAAAUUUUAGAAAGUGAAGUUUCUUCCUAUAAGGACGAUGCUGGCAUUCCUUGUGGAAUUGCCUUGAAGAAGAUGGCAGGCCUACUAGACAAGUCGGAGCGGAGCAUACAAAGGUUAGUUAAGCUCCGACACUCAGUUGUGCUCUCUUAUCAAGGGUACAAAAUUCCAAUUGACUGGAUGCUCGACUCCGGAAUUAUCAGUAAGAUAAAGAAGGCUUCUAUGAUGCUUGCCAAGAUGUACAUGAAGAGGGUAACACUGGAGGUUGAAUCCAUCCGAUAUUCAGAAAGGGAAUCCACACAAGAAGCACUGCUGCUUCAGGGUGUGCAUUUUGUGUAUAGGGCUCACCAGUUUGCUGGAGGGCUUGAUUCAGAAACAUUAUGUGCUUUGGAAGAGAUAAGGCAGCGUGUCCCAGGACACCUAAGAGGAUCCCAAGAAUUGUUCGUGGGCAUACCAACAUCCUAAAACACCAAUUGAGAUCUUCACCCUCUCAGUUCAGUCCAAUGAAGAUUAGCAGCUAAGCCCUCAGUUUUCCUUUUCCUUUGCACCCGGAAACGUGUGGCAAAUGUCUCAAGGCAAUUCUACAGCUGCAGGCGGAACAUGGUCAGUGUGGCUGGAAAAUUAGUUCAUUGACCAGUGAUAUAGAGCUUUGAGUUAAGUAAGAAAGAAUGUAGCAUAUCAGCAGGUUCAGUUUUGAGAUAUAUAUAGCAGGUCCAAAUGAUGAUGAUGUGGGGUCUUCGCCAAUCAAACUUCAGCCUAUUUAUUCACUAGAACGAAAUUCCUUCACAAUAGAGGCUGGAGCUGGCUGAAGGACCAUUCCAGUUGUUCAAAGUUUUGAAUAUAAUCCUGUUUUGAUGGUUCAGACCAAUCUAUAUAUUGUACUCUUUAUAUAUGUUACAUAAUGAAAAUAAUUUCAUCUCU